UUCAACGGGCGAGGUUUCCUUUCGAACGACCUUCCCGUCUUGGGGAGUCCCGCCAGCUUCUUUCGAUUCGAGGGUUUCGAAUCAGAUCUCGAGCUCCCCUUCCGCCCUACGCUCCUCAUCCCCUGGAGGUUAUAGGGGUUUCUUUGGAAUGAAGAUUGAGCAAAGUUGUGUGGAGAACAAACAAUCUGCGGCAGCCUCGAGCUCAUCCCUGUCCGAGGGAAGUUAUGGAAUGACUAGAAUGUCACCUGCUGUUUGUAGCAGGCCAGCGCCUUCACCAUCGGGGAGGAGAACUAGUGGUCCUAUAAGGCGAGCUAAGGGUGGUUGGACACCACAAGAGGAUGAGACAUUAAGGAAAGCUGUUGAAGCUUACAAAGGAAGAUGUUGGAAGAAAAUAGCUGAAUUUUUUCCACAUAGAACUGAAGUACAAUGUCUUCAUCGGUGGCAAAAGGUUCUCAAUCCUGAACUAAUUAAAGGUCCAUGGAUGCCCGAGGAGGAUGAGAAGAUCAUCAGUCUUGUAGCAAAGUACGGGGCAACAAAAUGGUCUAUAAUUGCAAAAUCUCUUCCUGGUCGAAUUGGGAAGCAAUGCCGAGAGAGGUGGCAUAAUCAUUUGGAUCCUACAAUAAAGAAAGAUGCAUGGACCGUAGAGGAGGAACUUGUGCUCAUGAAUGCCCAUUGUGUACAUGGAAAUAAAUGGGCAGAAAUUGCAAAGGUCUUACCUGGAAGGACUGACAACUCGAUAAAAAAUCACUGGAAUAGUUCCUUAAAGAAAAAGUUAGAUUUCUUCAUGGCUUCUGGUAAGCUUCCACUGUUUCCAAAACCUGAGAUGCUUGAUGAUUCAGAGGCAAUAACCAACCUAGAUGGUAGACAUUCACUUCUUAGUUUGAGCGAAGGAUCAGAUACAAUUACCAGAGCUUUUUCUGGAUCAGUUUGUUCCUUUGAUUCUGGUUUGCCUGCUGAACCAUGUAAAUUGGAAGACCAAAAUAAUUGGUUGGCAUUGUCAACAGUUCAAGACUCUAAGACAGAAGCUUUAACAAAUUUGACUGUAAGGGGAAUUAAUGAUCCAGAUACUGGAUGCAGCAAGCAUACCUCGACAUCUGAUAUCUGCACUAGAUCUGAUCCAGAAACAGAGUUGGCAGAGUGUAGCAACUCCGGUGAGAAUGAUCAGCUGAAUGAUACCUUGCAACCAACAAAAUCGAAGUUGGAAGCUCCUCCUGUUUUUGGUUCUCUCUUUUACAAGCCAUUCCAACUAGAAGAUGUUUGCCUUUCUGCAGCUUCUACUCUAUUAACCACACAUGAUUCCAUCCAACAAUCAUACUGCUCAGCGAUUGUGACUUCGCCAAAUAGUUAUCUGACUCCUCCCUCUGUGACCGGGAGGAAUUCAAUUCAAAGUGUUGAAUCUGUAUUAAAAAGUGCAGCUAGAAGUUUCUCCAACACUCCCUCUAUUUUCAGGAGGACAAAGAGGGAAGCAGAAACGAUGUUUGCUUCUGAUAGUAGUUCGUCACAGCCAGAUAGGUUAAAAAUUCUGGACACUUCUGGUACUACUGUAGAAGGAAAGAGUGGAGAUAACUCAGAGGCAACCGAUUCUUCAAAAUUCAGUUCUAGUCCUUGUGACAGUGGAACCAUAUUAUACAAUGGAAAGAGCUUUAAUGUUUCUCCCGCGUACAGGUUGAGGUCCAAAAGGUCUGCAAUCGUCAAAUCAGUGGAGAAGCAGCUUGAUUUUACAUUCAAGGAAAAUGAUUGCGAUGGUAAUAUUGAACACCUGAACUUGCCUACAGACAGCAGUUCCCAUAGUUCCAAUACCAUCCUUCCGAGCAUACAGGAGAGGAAAUUAACUGAGCCUCCAAUUGGAUCGUAAAGUGCCAAGAACUAAAAAAACAUUAAGAUGGCCAUGACCACCUCAUACACAAGAUGUAUGAUUCUUACAUGGAUCUAGCAGGUUAAAGACUUGAGAUGUGCUGCAGAUCCAAAAUUGAAAAUCUGAGUAAACAUUUGGCGGAUUGGUAAUCUCCACUGAUACCCAGUGGUCAUGCAAGUCUGCGUUGGUUUCUCAUUUGAAAUGUACAGAUGAUGUCCUAAUUUUGCAGAAAUAUGCUAUUUUGCACAAAGGAUGUCCAACUUACAUGAAGAUGUUCAAGCAUCCAAAACGGCAUAAUUGUACAUAAACAAACCCCCUUAAGAUGAGAGAAAUGGUUUUAGAAACCUGCAGUGGAAUAAAAGCUCAUCAUGUCUUCACUCGGCCUUCACGUCUACUUCCAAGUAGGAUUCUCGUCAAUCAUCGUCUCCUUGACCUUUAUACUCUGUUGUUUGCUAUGUCGUCCAUUUACAUCAUGGUAUGCUACUAUCGUAUUCAUCAUGGUAUGCUACUGCACCGGAAGCUUCAUCAAGUGCCAUGGCAAACUGGAAGACUGACGGACCUUUGGAAUCUGAGGGUAAAGCUGCUGCUCCAAAUACCCAAGGUCUGUUUCCCUUCCUCUUGCAUCUAUUUCACCUUAUAUGCCACAUGACCUAUGAGGUGAUAAGGAUGGAAAUGGCCCACUACUGGCCCUAUACAUUUUGAAAGUUUGUUAGGAGUGCCUAAGUGUUCAGAUGCUCGAUAAAUGAAAAUUAUAAUAGACAUCAAACAGAGUGACUCUACACGAUUCACUGACUGCUACGAUUCAAGAACAAGGAAAUCUGAGGAAAAAAGCUACAGACGUUGGAUGGUAACGCAGCGACACUGAUGCAGAAACAGAGCAGCCCCAACCCCUACUGCCCUCAGCGCUCGUUCAUCUCCACCGACGGCCACUGGCGACACCCGAACUGCUCCAGAAACUUGCUCAGGCUUAUAUGCUUCGUCGCCCAUUGCUCUGUCAACUUGUGCUCCUUCGUUUCCGCCUCCCUCCUCAGUCCGGCAAUCUGCUCCCUGUACUCCGCUUCGAUUCGUUCUAGCGCCGCCUGCUGCUCCUCCCUGAGCGCCCUGAUCUUGGCCUCGAUCUCCUCCAUCAUCUCCCUCCUCUUGCAGGCUUUCUCCGCCUCCAGCUGCAGCUCGACCCUCUUCAGCCUCCAGGCCGCUUCUUUCUUGUGCGCCGCCCACGCCCGAUGCCCUUCCUCCAGUUCUUUGCAGCACUCGACCAGGUCGGCAACGACGCGGCCAUCCACCACGGCGAACCCAGGUACAAAACCCGGACCGCUCUCCACGGCUCGCUCUGCUUGCGUCCAGGGCAUGCGGGCAGGGGGCGCAGCGGAAGGCGAGAGAGUAAGAGCCACGGAGGGAGAUGGCGGCGGUCGGUGGGCGCCGUUGGUGUUGGAAGAAAGCCAUGGGGGAAGUAAUGGCGCAGCCAUCAGCUGCUCUUUCACUAGCUUUUCCGCGAAGCUCUCGAGGAUGCGGUCGUACUUACCCGGAUCGGUGGAGCUUACCACGGACUUGCUAAUCUCUCGCUGCACCACCCUCUGCUGCUUCUCCUUGAAGACCUCCCACCACUUGCCGAGCCUUUUGGCGGUGCGGCCUGGGACCUCAGCGGCGAUCUUCUUCCACUUGUUGCCGUACUUGGCCUGUAGCCCGAUCACGAGGCGCUGCUCCUCCUCGGUGAGCGGCCCCUUCUUAACUCCCGGCCUGAGGUAAUUCUUCCACCUCUCCAAGCAAGAUUUGGCGUCCCUGAGCAGGGGCACGUUCAUGCGCUGGGACACCAGGUGCCACUCCCGCGGCCCAUUCUGCUUCACGUACGCACACAAGACGGCGUCCUCCUCAGACCUCCACCGCUGCCUCUCCUUCAUCGGCAGAAGCCAGUCUCCAUCUUACAAGACACCUCAUACCGAUCUGCAAUCAACAGUGCCUAAAAAUCUCGGGUAAGUUUUGGAGAAGGCAGAUUUAAGAAGAUGAUGGACCACAAGAAUUAGGAACCGCAUAUGGAUGCAUUUAAGUCAGCUGUCGGAAUGCGUAAGUUCAGCGAACCAAAACAAUCAAAAUCUAAAGGUUCGAAACAAAGGUGGGAUAUCAGACCAGCAGCGUGUUUGAUCCCCGAGUGGCAUCAAAGAAACAUCACUUCUUGUACUACAAGGCGAACAACAAAUGCACACAGUGGGCAUGGCGUAAUUGACAUGAAACACAAGGAAGAGUAAGUCUUAGUGUGUCAAAACCGUAGAAGAUGAGAUGGUACAUGAACAGAUCCGAAGCUACUUCAAAUUCUUUUGCAAUCUGUGCAGGUCCUUGAGAUGUGAAAGACAAUCAGUACCAGCUAGCCACUCGUUCAUGCUGUGGUGUGAUUGCAACAAACAUGGAAAAGACAACUUCUCUCCCUCUGGAAUGGCUCUGGUAAGGACUUCCACUGCCCUCUAAAUUUUCAAUUCAGAGUCUACUAGGUCAUAUUAUCUGUGUUUAUUUCUACUACGCUGCCCCUUUCUAUUGUCUUUUAGUUCUACAUUUCCAGAGGUAUGCAUCCUUAUUUCUUUUCAA